AUGGCUCUGCACCUCCUCGCCCGGCCAGUGUGUCGUCGCCCCCCCCCUGUCGGCGGCGGUAUGGCAUCCAAUACAGCCGUCGUCAGCAUCCGACACCAGCUCCACAGCCGCCGCCGGAGAUACCUCCGCCCAGAGCGCGAGCGAUGGUGCCCCCGGCUCCAAAGACCGCGGCGGCGGUGCCCGGGCUCGAGCCUCUGCGUGGGCGACUUCGUUCCCGAGACGGGUUCCCGCCGCGCCGCCCAUGCAAUGCGGUUAAGGUCCAGCCCAAGAAGGUUAUUCAACCACAGAAAGGCACACAAUAAACAGGAGUCCAGUGAUGACAGCAGCUCUGAGAGCUCCUCAGAUGAUCCCAAAACUCCUGCCAAAAGCCAAAGUCAGGCUACUGGUUCAAAGACUAUUUUUGUUGGGAAUUUAGCCUAUAGUACAGAGCGCGAACAAGUGAUGUCAUACAUGCAUUUAAAAGACCCAGAUUCCAUGGCUAAAGCAUAUGAGCUGAAUGGAGCAGACCUUGGUGGCUACAUCUUGUAUGUUGAUGAAGCGAAGCCAAGACCUGGUAACAACAGGGACGUGCGAAGAGAGGAAAGAUUAUGCACUCCUUGA